AUGUCUCUCUUCCGCACCAGCUUGCCCUCAGGCGACUUCGCCCCUCUCUUCCGUCUCCUGGACGACUACGAUGUCCACCGCGCCAGCCGCCAGACCACUACCCGCGCCUUCCACCCUCGCUUCGACGUUCGCGAGGGCGAGGACUCCUACCACCUGGAUGGUGAGCUGCCUGGUAUCGCCCAGAAGGACAUCAACAUUGAGUUUACCGACUCCCACACUCUGGUCGUGAAGGGUCGCACCGAGCGCGAGUAUCACACCACCGAGCCCAAGGAGAACACCGGCGAUGAUGACACCACCGUCGCCAAACCCACCGACGAGACCGAGACUACCCAGCCCAGCCACCGCUUCUGGGCUAGUGAGCGCUCCGUCGGCGAGUUCCAGCGCACUUUCACCUUCCCGGGUCGCAUUGACCAGGACAAUGUCAAGGCCAGCCUGAAGAACGGCAUUCUGUCGAUCGUGAUUCCCAAGUCCACUGUUGCGGCCACCAAGAAGAUCACCAUCGAGUAA